AGACUGUGACGCAUGAUGAAAUGCGCAUGCGCUGACCAUCACACGUGUUCCUGUGCACAGUCACAGAAGCGCGCAGUGAAGAUGGCGGACCCAGAAAUUGGUUCGGCAAAAAAAGAAAAGAAAAAGAAGACAAAGAAGAUUUCUGAAGAAGAAAUUGGGGAUAUUCAAGAGAGCGGUGACUUCCUCAUCAAGCCGGAGUCUAAGGUUGCCAGUUUGGACACGUCUCAAUGGCCAUUACUGCUGAAGAAUUUUGAUAAACUGAACAUCAGGACGGCUCACUACACCCCUCUGCCACAUGGCUCCAAUCCACUCAAGAGAACCAUACAUGAUUACGUCAGGACUGGUUUCAUUAAUCUGGACAAGCCUGCUAACCCGUCCUCUCACGAGGUUGUUGCCUGGAUCAAGAGAAUCCUUCGCGUUGAAAAGACGGGUCACAGCGGCACCCUUGACCCUAAAGUCACGGGCUGUCUGAUCGUCUGUGUGGAGCGCGCCACACGUCUGGUUAAAUCCCAACAGAGUGCAGGCAAAGAGUAUGUGGGAAUCGUACGGCUGCACAAUGCUUUAGAGAACGAGCAUCAGCUCGCCAGGGGUCUCGAGUGUUUAACGGGAGCUCUGUUCCAGAGACCUCCUCUCAUCGCUGCCGUCAAACGUCAGCUCCGAGUGCGGACCAUCUAUGAGAGCAAGCUUAUCGAAUAUGACCCGGAGAGAAGAUUAGGUAUUUUCUGGGUGAGCUGUGAAGCGGGAACGUACAUCAGAACUCUUUGUGUUCAUCUGGGUCUGCUGCUGGGAGUUGGCGGUCAGAUGCAGGAGCUGCGACGGGUCCGCUCUGGCGUUCUGGGAGAGAAGGAUAACAUGGUGACCAUGCACGAUGUGCUGGAUGCUCAGUGGCAGUUUGACCACAACAAAGAUGAGACGUAUCUGAGGAGAGUGAUCUUCCCCCUGGAGAAACUCCUCAUCUCACACAAGAGGAUCGUCAUGAAGGACAGCGCUGUUAACGCUAUAUGUUAUGGCGCCAAGAUCAUGUUACCAGGUGUACUGCGAUAUGAAGAUGGUAUUGAGGUGAAUCAGGACAUUGUGGUUAUAACUACCAAAGGAGAAGCCAUUUGUACAGCGGUCGCUCUCAUGACCACGGCGGUCAUAUCCACGUGUGACCACGGUGUUGUUGCCAAAAUCAAGAGGGUCAUUAUGGAGCGAGAUACAUAUCCACGCAAAUGGGGCCUUGGACCAAAGGCUAGUCAGAAGAAGAUGAUGAUUCAGAAGGGACUUCUGGACAAACAUGGCAAACCCAACGGCAGCACGCCUGCAAAUUGGAAGGAGGGUUAUGUGGAUUACAGCACUCCCAAAGCAAAACCAAAGGAGGAGGAGGCUGAACAGGCGGGAACAAAGAGAAAGCGAGAUGACAGCGGCAGUGAUGAUGCAGCAAACACAUCAAAGACAGAGGAGGAACUGAAGAAGGAGAAAAAGAAGAAGAAGAAAGAGAAGAAACUGAAGCAGGCGGAGACAGAAGCUGAGACUCCUGAAGAAGCUCCAGCUGAAGAUAAUACUGAGGUCACAGAGAGCACAAAGAAGAGGAAAAAGAAGAAAAAGUCAAAGGAUGCAGAUGGUGGUUCAGAAUGAACAGCAGGACUGAUGGAGAGAGUUUGUCAUGGGAUCAGAUCAUUUGACUGAGAUCAGACAUCUUUUGGACAAUGUGAUUUUGGUUAUGAUCUCUCUGUGCUUGCGGUUAAAGCUUCUGGAUGGUCAAGUGACAUCUGAGGCUUUCUUAUGUUGUACUUGUUAAAGUGAAGCCCAUAUUGCCGGCCUCUGCUCAUGUAUUUGAGUGUGUUUCUUUUAUUAUUGUAAAUAGAAAUUGUAAUCCUGAACACAUGAAAUGAAACUUGACUUUUUUUACAACGA